AUGUACUCAACUACAUCUGAUGCGUAUCACAAAUCGCUUGAUGGACAUAUGGUCCCAAAAGAGGCCGUCGGAUUUCAACUAGUCAUGCAUAACCUGAUUUCCUCUCUGUUUGCAUCUUUGUUGGUUACUCUCCCGCACGUCCAGGCGCUCCAUCAGUUUUGCACAUUUCCUCAUAUGACGCUCAAGAGUAUUGCUGAGCAAGAAGGGGGUCCGACAGUAUCGACAGCACAGUUCAACUCCGGUGGUUCCGGGCUCACCGUGAGUUCGCAUGUGUCGAGUCAACUUGGAAGACUGAGCACACGCAUAUGGGCAAAGCUUGCAAUGAUACGGUUUCUCGCCUGUGUGACUCCUUCGAUGUACCGUAAGGUUGCUGCAAUUCCGGAAUACUUUACCACAGAAUGCACAUUUGCCUCAUCUGUUCGUCGUAGCGGAAGAGCGUCGGUUGUUGGUGUUUUGAUGCGUGUUCGGUCUGCGUACCUUCAGUGCCGCAUUCAGCUUGGCUGACAAGCCGAUGUCUGCGGAACCGGUAUUUACAUGAGAGAAUGUGGUGGGAAGUUGGUCUAGCACUGGCUCUGUUCCGAGACAUGUUGCACCGGAAAGCCCACGCGUGUUGUCUAUACUGAGUCCAUAGUCGAUGUGGUGGCCACUGUGAUCGCUCUUCCACAGAUUACCUUGGGGAUACAGUCCCUGGAAGAAUGAGAUCCCCUGCCGUGGACUUCUGCUUUGACUUGCCAUACAAAUCUGACUCUUUGGUAAGGUGUUCCUAGACAUGACAAUCUUCGGACUUUGUUCCCAGGAUUGGAACAUUUUCAGAUAGACAUCGAAUAGUACGGGAAAGGUGAAUUUCCCAUGGGUUAACUCUGGUUCAUUGAGAUCCGUAACCGGCCCACUUAUUGGAACAUUGUCUCUGUUGGAUGGCGUGUCGGCAAGAUCGGACAAUUUUCCAUGGAAAACUGCCGCUUGUUGCUUGUGGUUCGCUAACCAACACCCGUCGAGACGCUGAUGACGAUGUUCAUUUGAUUUCGCUUGCAG